UUUUAAAAAACUAAAUUUUUUUAUUAAAAAAAUGUAUACUGCUCAAUUAGCUAUAAUUGCUGUAGCAAUAGCUAUAGUCAAUUGUCUGGAUCCUAUACGCGGACCAUUGGAUGAUAAAACUGAUGAUGCCUUUCAACAGGACUGUCUACAGUCGACCAAUGCCUACCGGAGCCGACAUCACGCACCGGCACUAACUAUUGACCAGAAAUUGGUAACAUAUGCCAAGUCCCGGUGCCAAUUGAUAUCCAAAUAUCAGAACCUACAACAUGGUCAUGCMGGCCUAGCUGGUGAUAUGGGUGAAAAUCUAGCAUGGGCAGGUAGUUCAGCWCCAGGUGUCGGUUCAUGCAAGUCAGCUAUUAAUGGCUGGUAUAAUGAAGUCCAAUACUACAACUACAAUACCUACCAGUCCACUGAYYCSAACAAACAAAUCGGUCAUUUCACGCAAUUAGUCUGGAAGGACACCACACGGGUCGGGUGUGCCCGUUGUUACGGUAAGGGUGGCCAAUGGUACGAAACCUAUGUUACCUGCAAUUAUCAAUUGCCCGGUAAUUUUGUUUUCAAUGGCGAUAAGGCUAAGGCUUACGGCGGAAAUGUAUUGAAGCCCUAAAAAAUAUAAUUAAUUAUUAAUUAAUAAAAAA